UCCUCCUCCGCCUUUCUGGGUCCCCGGCCGCGCCAGGCACUGUGCGAGCAGCCGAGGGAGCGCCUUUGUGCCUAGCUGGAGAGAGGCUGCGACGGCCCCUUGUACGUCCUGAUCCAUUGUCUUCCCGGCUGGUGCCAGCGACAGAGACUCCGCAAGUGUCACCGCUGAGGCUGCAGUGCCCGGCCGGGUGGGCGCCCGCAUCCCAAGGCGCGCCGUGGGAGAUGAAGCUCCCGAAGCCGUGGUGGGCGGGCGGCGGCCUCCUGCACCUCACGCUGUUGCUGAGCUUGGCUGGGCUCCGUGUGGACCUGGACCUCUGCCAGCCACCACCGGCCGCCGCACUUUGGGAAGAGCUGCUCCCGCUCUGUCCCACCCGCCCCGCCUCGGCUUCUAGUCCCUUUUCGGCUUCGGAAGGCUGGGGACGCAGCCCCCUGCUGCCUGCUAAGGACCGGCUGCUGAGCGAAGUGCGCGCUCUCGGCGUCCCCUUCAUUCCCCGCACCCGCGUAGACGCGUGGCUAGUGCACAGCGUGGCGACCGGGGACGCAGACGGGGCCCACGGGCUGCUCGGCACCGCAGCCUCGUCGGCCGUGGGAGACGGCGGCCAGGCGCCACCAGCGGGCGGCGGGGAUCCUCGAGCGGCUCAUAGCAGCCCUCUAGCCGCCGAGGAGGAGGAAGAGGAGAAGGCGGCAGAACCGACGACUCAGGUGCUAGACGCAGGCGGACGCGCCAGCCAGGAGAAUGAGAUACUAAAAGAAAAGAAUGAAACUGUGAAUCACAAUUCCCAGCAUGAAGAAAAUGAGGACAGGGUAUCAGGCCACUCGAAAUCACAACAUAGUAGGAAAGAUGAAAACAAAAUGGCAGAUGCACUUGACUGGGAAGCAGAGAUCACUGAGUCUAGAAAUGAGAGCCAUCUACAUUGGUCAGAUACAUCUUUUUCUCUGGAAGAUUUAUUUCAACUGCUUUCAUCACAGCCUGAACAUUCCCUGGAGGGCAUCUCACUGGAAGACAUCCCACCUUUUUGGAGCAGUGUCAACGAAAGUGUGAAUUCCUCACCACAUAACAUAAAUUUGAGCCAAGCUAUAAGCCAUGAUGUCAACCUCCACGAAGCCAUGCUUUUGUGUCCCAACAACACAUUUAGAAGAGAUCCAGCAGCAAGGUCUUCACAGGCACAAGAACCAUUUCUACAGUUAAAUUCUCAUACCAAUCCUGAGCAAGCCAUUCUUGCAAUGCCUCUUCCACCUGCUGACAAUCACAUGAGGAAUCUAACAAGCCAAGACUUGUAUGACAUUGAUUCAAAUAUAUUUGAUGGAAUAAACCUAAUGUCAUUAGCCACAGGUUUCAGUCCACUGGAAGUUUCUCAACUUUUUGAAGAACCGGACUCUAAUUCUGGGCUUUCAUUAAAUUCAAGUUAUAACACCUCUAUCACCAAGUCUAAUUCUUCCCACUGUAUGUAUGAUGGUGCUGUAGGUUACAGUAAUGACCUAGGCGCUAUAGGAGGCUGCUACCCAGAACCCCAUAAACAUUGCCAUAUGGAUCACAGGACUGUAUCUGGCUUUCAUGGGGAUCUCGAAUGUGAACAAGUAUUUCAUGACCACACUUACCACUCACAGUCAGGAGUACCAGAGCCCACACCUGAAUCUUUUACAUGGUCAGGGAAGUCCCAGAAAAUCAAUGAGUGCCUUGAUGACCCAGAUAGAAACUUGAGCAGAGAUGAACAGCGUGCUAAAGCUCUGCAUAUUCCCUUCUCUGUAGAUGAAAUUGUCCGCAUGCCUGUUGACUCUUUUAACAGUAUGUUAAGUAGACACUGUCUGACAGAUUUACAAGUUUCUCUCAUCCGAGACAUCAGACGAAGAGGAAAAAAUAAAGUUGCUGCUCAGAACUGCCGUAAACGUAAACUAGACAUCAUGUUAAAUCUAGAAGAUGAUAUAUGUAACUUACAAGCAAAGAAGGAAGCCCUUAAGAGUGAGCAAGCUCAAUGUAAUAAAGCUAUUGACAUCAUGAGACAGAAGCUGCAUGACCUUUACCAUGACAUUUUUAGUAGGUUAAGAGAUGACCAAGGUAGGCCAGUCAAUCCAAACCACUAUGCACUUCAGUACAGCCAUGAUGGAACUGUUUUGAUUGUACCCAAAGAACUAGUCACAUUUGGCCACAAAAAGGAAGCACCAAAAGGGAAAAAAGGAACUAAGUAGCUCCAGCGACCUGCAUCACAAACUUCAAGCUAUUUUUAAGACUUAAAAAAUACUGCAACUUAAAAUCAGUUACAGCCACAUGU